GCAGCAAUGGGUAGUUGGACGGUCUCCAUUGACGACUCGAGCUCCUUCAUCAACUAUCGCCCUCACGGUGAUGGCGGCGCUGGGAAUUGGACAAGUACUGGGUGGCAGCCUUGGUAUUCGGACAAGGGGUUCAAUACUGCUGGUGGGGAGCUGGGCACCGGCCAAAGCCUGCACAUCACUGGGUUUCCUAAUGCGAGUCUGGACUUCACAUUCUACGGCACCGAAGUCGCUUUGUACGGCAAUGCGAAUUGCUCGUACGAUGUUUCAGUCGAUGGGUCGCUGCAGUCAUUCCAAGCGGCGAGCGGCCCUGAGUUGUUCCACAUGACUGCCCUCGACGAGAAGACGCACAAUGUCACACUAGUUGCGCAUGCUUCAGACGGGGCUUUGUUCUCUUUCGACUGGGCCGACAUCACUAGACCGCUCCCAGGAGAGGAUAUCCCAUCAUCCCAGGUCUUUGCAGCUACAGAUCCAACGUUUUUCGAAUACAGAGGUGAUUGGUCGCAAAAGACCGAUCCGAAUGGUCAGAUCCCGAGCGAGAGUCAUUCCGCGCCAUACUACCAGGUACAGAGCUCACCAGCAUCCUUGUCGUUUGCGUUCCAAGGCUCCGGUGUCUCUGUGAACGGCUCGAGGAAUUGGGGAGGUUAUACGUACGAUGUUACACUUGAUGACGUCACAACCUCGUAUAACGAGAGCACUAUGUGGUUGAUUGGCGAUGCUCUGCUAUUCUAUCAGGACGGCCUUGACCCCUCUGCAACGCACACCGUCAAUAUCACCCCCAAAGUCGGCGAUGGGUUGAUAUUUUGGCUGAAUUCUGUGACGGUCCACGGCGGUCUCAAUGCCACCAGCACAAACUCAAGCACGUCCCCGAGCAGCACCCUCCAAACCUCUAGCACUGCCAGUGGAUCUGCAUCGGCGACAUCGAACCCUUCGACAUCUCAGCCUAACUCCGCACACUCCUCUGACGCGGGUAGGAUAGCGGGCGGGGUCAUCGGUGGGCUCGCCGGCUUGGCGAUCCUCGCAGGUGCGCUCGUCUUCUACUUUCGCAGACGUCGCGUUCCAGCCCCCGCGCGCGAUCCGCCGGUUCCUGCGGUGAGCCCGUACCCAGACGUGGCAGACGUCGAGAUCAUAACGGCGCGGGAGACGGCCCCGCCGAUGAUGAGCGAGAUCAGGAAGCUGGCUGUGGAAGGGCUGGCCGCAACACGGGCGAACAACCAACCUCCCUCGUCCAGCGCGUACUCGGCAUCGUCCGCGCCUCCUUCGUCGGGGAUCGUAACAGGCGCCACAGCUGCUCCUGCAGUUUCACCGACCAGCCCGCGGCUGAGCCAGGGCCCGGGAUCAGAGGCGGCGGUGGUGGACAGGCUGAUCCAGCUCAUUGCUGACCGGAUCGAACAUACACGCGCACCGACCGCGAGUCGAUCGGAUUUCAGCGCGGGGUCCGACUCUAUGCCGCCAGAAUAUCCGCCUCCCGGCUAUCCGGGCGCGUGAGAUGUAUAUUGUACAGGUCGAUUCUCUUUUUCCCCUGCUCUCUGCUCCAGCAUCUUUCCUGGCACUCAUUGUUUACUUACCACAUGCUUACUCUUGUCUCCGUAGGCAUUUGCUUCUAAUAGUUCUGCUUUGUCGUUUGUUGUCUUCCCGUUGGAGCUAGUGUAACAAUCCCUAGUGAAUCAUCGCACGACUCGUCUCAUCUUGGCCAAGUGUAUCUGUUGCUCUGCUGAGAACUCACUCCACACACGUCUGUUGUCCCCCUCGCGUCCCGUGAGACGAUAGAAUCAACGCGUGCUGCUAGUCAUAUGCUACUCUGGAUUCAAAACAUCCGACCGAGAUACAUUAUCU